AUGACAUCUCUCAAGUUUCAGAACAGAAGCGGAUUGCCUGGUGUUGUUGGCAUUAUUGAUGGAACGCACAUCCGACUUGUUAAUCCACCCGGGGGCGAGAGAGACUACAUAAACCGUAAAGGAUACCCUUCUGUGCAGCUCCAGUUAGUCGUAGAUGAUUACAUGUUAAUAACUGACGCCUAUGUAGGCUGGCCUGGUUCAACCCAUGAUGCCAGAGUGCUAAAAAAUCCACCUUUAUAUCAUGAAGCAGAAAAUGAUAACAAAUUUUCUCAGAAUACCUUUAUACUUGGUGACGGUGCUUAUCCUGUCAGAGGUUGGCUGCAAACACCCAUAAGAGAUAAUGGUGAUUUAUCUCCUCAACAAAAACGAUUUAAUAAAUCUUUAUCUUCAGUGCGACAAACAGUUGGAAGAGCUAUAGGACAUUUAAAAGGUCGAUUUCGGCGUCUUCGUGAAAUAUACUGCACAGAUGUGGAAAAAAUAUGCAACAUCAUCAUGACUGCCAGUGUCUUGCACAACCUAUGCAUUCUUGCUGAUGACGAUAUUCUAUUAUUCAUUGAGUAUGAGGAGGACAUUAACAAUUUCCAGAACAUAUUUCAAAAUGCAGAAAAUGGACUAGCUACCUGA